AUGCUGGUGGUAGAACCGAAUGAAGAGGUGGAAGAUGAUGGAAGCUCAUUCCGAGUUAAUGAUUCACUGCCUCAGGUACCGGCAGGCACAUGUGCCUCAUCUGCCAGCAUGGUGCCGACUGACGCGCUGGCGUCGUCUAAGCCUAUGAAGCGCGAGCGGUCUACCGAACUUGAACAGGUACACGGGGCCUCAAGCACCAAACGCCAUGCCAAUGCUACUACUGGUGUCUUGCUAGCUCCGAACACAUUUCCCUGGAAAAGAUGUAGAAAGUCGAGAGAUGCAAAACGUCUCAAGAUAAAGGAGAAAGCCGUCGUACAAGCCGAAGAAUAUUGCAGCAAGACUCGAACAGCACUUGAGUCUGUGCUACGCACUCCGACAGACAGCCCAGAAGCCAUCAUGAUGGGACUGCGGAUCGUGGAAGAUUGGUGCAAGAAGCAUGGCAAAACUUUCACUGAAUAUCGAGUAGACGAUGUCCGUACCAAACACGAACGUUGCGAGAUUCUGGUCGGAGUAGAAGGGCCGACAGGAGCAGGCAAAUCAUCUUUCUUGGGAACACUCCUAGACAUGAAAGAUCUUUUACCAUCCGGUCAGGAAGCUGCAUCUACCGCAGUAACGUGCAUGAUAUCCUACAAUUGGUCGGAUGAUCCCGACAGCAGGUUCCACGCCAAUAUUGUUUUUCGAAAGAGAGAUGAGAUCGCGAGCAUACUUGAGACACUCUUGAAAGACCUGAAUCGCUGGUCGGACCUCGUAGGUGGCCAAGCCGAUGAUGAUGAACACGACUCCGAGAACAAGGACGAAAACGAGGACGACAAUUACAACGAAGACGAUGACGACGGCGAUGGUGAUGGUGAGGAUGAGGACGACGAUGAGGAUGAAUACGACUCCGAGAGCAAUGACGAUAACGAAGACGACAAUUACAACGAAGAUGAUGACGACGGUGAGGACGAUGGUGAUGAUGAGGAUGAUGACGAUAACGAAGACACCAUAGAAGCCCUGAGAAGCGCGAUCGACUACCAACUUCCCGAGAUCCAAGUUGUCUGGGAUAUGGACGAGGAGCAACUGCUCCAACUUGCGAAGAGAUGUCCCGAGGAACUCACAUACACGAUGGCGGCUGGAAUAAUCUUUCAGCGAAAUCCCACUGCUACAAGAUUUCUCACAGAUGGUGCAGUGGCAUUUCAUGCAGAGACACAAGACAUCUUUUCAACUGGUAUCAAACCAUUCCUGGAUUCCACCUCUGUCCUUGAUGAGGGUGGGGACCAGUUUCGUCCGUGGCCGCUGGUUAAAGGCGUUCGCAUCUAUGUUAAGGCUAACAUUCUUAAGCCUGGAAUUACGCUUGUCGAUCUUCCUGGAUGUGGUGAUGCCGUCCAAAGUCGCUCUGAAGUCGCUCAAAAGGUUUCUCACACGCUGGAUGUACGAAUGGUGGUGAGCCCCAUCAUCCGCGCGACAGAUGAGAAGCAAGGCCAAUCACUCAUGAAGAAUGGGUUCGACGAAGCACAAAUGAGGCUUCGUGGGAAGAUGAAUGGUCGCGGAUUUUGUGUCAUCGCUUCGAAGAUGGACGAUUUGACGGUUGACUCAUACAUCGCUGGAUGUCCUGAGUUGCGCCGUGACAAAGAAGUUGCCCAGAAACAGAAACAACUCGAAGAUCUCAAACAUGAAAAGGUCGUCCUUAGUGGUAGAUGCAAAGAGCUCAAAACACUCAAGGACGAGCAGAAACGCCGUUUGAAGAAUGCUGCAACGCUGUUCGAGAGCGCGAUGCAGAGACACAUGUCAGCGUCGCAAGAAGAUGCAAACGCGACUAAAAAGAACAUGUUAAAUUCGCAAACACAGCGAAAUGAAGCAAAUGAUGACCUGAACGAUGCUGAGCAACGACUUAGUGACUGUGAGCUUCGUCUAAAACAAAUCCCCAUCAUGAUAAAGAACAACCGCCAUUGGAUCUAUCAUCGAGCUAUCCAAACUCGCAAUGCUCGUGUGAUCGCAAGUCUUCGUGCUGGGUUUGCCAAACGGAAGAGCAGAUUGACUCAUGGUAAACGUUCGCGAAAACCCCAUCCAGAGUCUUCGUUUAUCCUCCCAAUUCUCCCAAUUUCAACCAGAGCUUUCUGGCAGUUGAAGAGCAACGACAACCCGAUGUUUGGAUUCCCAAACGAGAAGUGUACAGGUAUUCCUGCUGCAAAGAAGUGGAUUCACCAAGCUAUCUCGGCAAAGCGUGAGAAACAUCUUGAUGUGAUCCUGGACAGAUAUGACAAGCUCAUGGCUCUGAUGCGCACCUACUCCGCAACAAACGGGCAAGAUGGCGACUUCAACUUCACACGAUCCGAAUUGCAGGCCAUCUUGACUCCUAUACAUGAUCUUUACACCAGUAAGCUCGGCUCUAAAUUGUCCGAGGCCUGUAGCGAGAUCCGCAACCUCAAUCUUCUCGAACACAAAGACCUUGCCAAGAAACGAUUCUUGGAAGAAGGGCCAGUGGUUGUCCAGAAAUGGGCAUACAGAGAUCCUCAGGACCCUAAGACUAACAUCAUAGACAGAGCCACACCCAUUAUUGAGACACUCAGCCGUGAUUGGGGCUCCAAGAUACACAAACAGCUACCACUCAUCAGAAAGCCAAUGAUGUUGGAUUACUCAAAGCUAUUUGCUGAGUACCUGGAUGCGAUUCAAAACAUUAUCCACGACAAGAUUCCCAUGAUUUCAGCUCGCUUUAAUCAAUUACGACCAAUUCUAGACGAUUCCAAGAUUACCACCAAAACAAAGAUUGAUGAGGUGCUGGCAAAGCUUACCGAGGAGGCGAUCAUUAUCACCCUUAAUGUUGCCCCACGCUUGAGAACUGAAAUGAAGCCAACAUUCGCAGCCGCACUGAGCGAUAGUGGAACUGGUGUGUACGCUAGGCGAAGAGAGGCUAUGGAGAAAAAGAUGACGGAAGAUGGCACUUCCAUGUGCGACAAGGUGGUCGACAGCCUUGUGGACGGUGUCGCAGACAAACUCGCCAGGAUGCCAAUUCAACUGGAAUUGGCCGCCAACCGCGGGCCUAUGAACGUCAAGAGGCAGAUAUCGUGCUUGGUCAACAAUCUUGUGGAAAACCAUUCCACAGAUCCUGAGAAGAAGGCGAUGAAGGACAAGGUUCAGCAAAAUAUCCGGGCUCUUGUCGAAGCAUGGGAGGCCGCUUGGGCUGAAACGGAGAACUACGGGGAGCAUAUCCUCGAUCUGGAUCUCGCCAUUCCAAGUACGCUUCCGGAUUCCGUCAUCUAA